AUGGAUCCUGGUCGCCGGGUAAUGAUUGACGACCGGAGGCCUCCCAGUCGCCGUGAUGCAACAUCUGCCCGCGCCGACGCGUACAACCGAAUCUCGAAAUCCACAAAACCCGGGCCUUCCAAGACGGCUCAAAAUGCAGCCAAGUAUCUCACAGAAGAAGAGCAGUCGAGGAAGUUCGUAGCGGAUGAAGAUAAAUUUGUGCUGAAACAGUCCAAGAAGAAGGCAGACAUCCGGGUUCGUGAGGGACGAGCAAAACCAAUCGACCGGCUCGCCUUCAAUCUGCGCUAUAUUGACGAGGAACGAGAUGUUUUCGAUGACGAUGAGGGCGAUAUGGAUAUCCAGCUCGAUGCACCGGAAGUGAUUGUCCAGGGGUUGACCUUGGCUCAACUCAAGGAACUCGAAUCGGAUAUUUCUUCCUAUCACAUACUUGAGACGGACAGACGAAAUCGACAAUACUGGGAAGCUUUGCGUGCAAUCUGCGUGGACCUGAAGUCGAAAGUCGAUACGAAUACUCGAGAUGGGCGUGUGGUGAAUAGCGUCGUGGACGAUAUUGAUCGCAUUCUAAGCCCAAAAUCGUAUGAUCAAUUAGAGGCCCUGGAGAAGCAAAUCAAGACCAAGUUGCAGACUGAUGAAAAUAUCGACACCGAUUACUGGGAACAGUUGUUGCGCCAUCUUUUGGUUUGGAAGUCCAAGGCUACCUUGACGCGAAUUUACAAUGAGAUCAAAGAGAAGCGGGCUGAGAUGCUGAAAACACGAGGGCCAGUAGCACGACCGAAACAAGACGCAAAAGCAAUUUCAAAUGCAGCCGUCCCUUCUGAACCGCAACCUUCUCCUCAGCCGGUGGCGAAUGAAGAUGCCUCCAACGUCACCAACGCCCUCUACGACCGAGAAGCCGCGAGAGGUGUCUCCGAGAAUGAAGAGAUUUUUAAUGCGGAAGAACAAGUACCUACUGGCUCGAAACCUCAAUGGGCAGACACAUACACAGCACGCAAGCCGAGAUACUUCAACAGAGUCCAGAUGGGGUACGAAUGGAAUAAAUACAACCAAACCCAUUACGACCACGACAAUCCGCCCCCAAAAGUCGUUCAGGGAUACAAGUUUAAUAUAUUUUAUCCUGAUCUUAUUGAUAAAACGAAAGCACCCACUUUCAAGAUCAUCCGCGAGCAUGGAAGGCGGAAAGGGGAGUCGUUUGCAGCGGCUGGUGAAGCCGAUACAUGCCUUAUUCGAUUCAUAGCGGGACCGCCUUAUGAGGAUAUUGCCUUUCGAAUUGUGGACAGAGAAUGGGAUUAUAGUGCAAAGAGGGAGCGUGGAUUCAAGAGUUCGUUUGAAAAGGUAUGGCUAAAUCUAGCAAUUCUUUGA